AUCCAUUAUCAAAAUUCGAAACCCAAAAGUUCCAUUAAGUGGCAAGCAAGCAAAGCUAGUAUUCUCAAGUCAAGAAACCCAAAAAAUGGUUCCCUUAUCGCCACCGCUUUCCACGGCGGAGCACGGCGGAGAAGCUGAGUUCUUCGCCUUGCACGGGGAUAUAAUCGAAUCCCAUAUCUUGACUCGUCUGGAUGGCCCCACACUCGCCUCAACGAGCGCUGUUUCUUCCGCUCUUCGCCGCUUUUGCUCGGAGGCUCAGCUGUGGACUGACAUCUGCCGCUCAGCUUGGCCGUCCACCGCCGCUGAUCCCCGUGUUCGCGCCGUCGUCUCCGGUUUCCCCAACGGCGGCCCCCGGGCGUUUUUCGCCCACUCCUUCGCGAUUCCGGAUUCGGGGCGUUCGCGUUCCUACUCGAAGCCCUCCAUGCCGGCGCCGGAGGAGUUGAUAUCCGCCGUCGACGUGCGCUACAAAGGCAGGCUGAUAUUCACCAAGGCCCAGGAGACGGAAACCGUCACCGCCUGGUUCCGGUGUUCGCCGUUCAGGAUUGACCUGCUCGACCCAAAGGACGUCGUCCCCACGCCCAUCAGCCACCCCGACGGAGACGGCGCGUGCGCCGCUUUCUCCGACGACAUGACGCUAAGCUGGAUACUGAUCGACCCGAACGGCCGCCGCGCCGUAAACCUGUCAUCCCAUAAACCCGUUUCCGUCCACCGACACUGGCUGAGCGGCGAAGUUCAGGCGAAAUUUGCGUCAAUUCUGGCCGUCGAUCAUCGCCGGAGUCACGUGCAGUGCGCGAUCGUGGUCACGUGCGGUGCGUCGGAGGGCGGUGAGAUGCAAGUGAGAGAAGUGAGCAUGCAGAUGGAGGACAUGGAGGGAACUCACCUAAACGGAAAGGACAGUUUGGUAAUUCUGCAACGGGCAUUGGAGGGCAAAAAGGGAAAUGGAAGUAGAAGGGUAGAAGAGGGAAAAAGGAGAUACGCAGAGUUUUUGGAAAUGAAGAGAGAAAAGCAAGAGAGAAAAUUGAGGAUAGAAGGGGUAUUGGAUAUUUUGUGCGUGGCAUUUGGGGUAUCUGCUUUUCUUGUAUUUUCUUACUUCCUUUUAUGCUAGACUAGUAUUUGCACUUGUGCGAUGCACGGAGUGGAUUUGUUGUAAUAUAUUAA